AUGGAUAAAGUUGGACGUGUAUUCAACGGCCCGGACAGAGAGGUACCCAUGCGGGUAGUUGUCUGUGGCCUGCCACGAACUGGAACCAUGAGCAUGCGACUGGCUCUACACCAGCUAGGAAUUUACCAAUGCUAUCAUAUGCUGAGUGUCCUGGGUGACUUGGACAAUCAGCCGAACAUGUGGAUUAGUGCUUUUGAUGCCAAGUAUGGCUCCAAGGGUAAAUGGCCCUGGAGUAGGGAAGAUUGGGACAAGAUUCUGGGCCUCUCACAAGCCUGUUGUGAUAUGCCUGCGGCGGUCUUUAGCGUCGAAAUUGCAAAUGCAUACCCCGAAGCGAAAGUCGUCAUACUGAACCGAGACGCCGAUGCAUGGUAUGAAAGCGUGCAAUCCACCAUUACCAACGCAAUGAAACCAAAGACAGUGUGGGGAAUGAUUAGCACUCUUUACAUGGCUGCCCUUGACUCUCGGCAGCGCAACUGGAUGCGAAUGGGGAUGACCAUGGGCAAAUAUCUCAUCACAUUGGACGAUCCAAAGAAAAAGGGAGAAACAAUUGCAUGGUUUCAUGAGCAGUACAAGGGAUUUCGCGACGGCAUCUUAGAAGAGCGACGCAUUGAAUUCUCGGUCAAGGACGGAUGGGCGCCACUCUGCGAACAUCUCGGCUUGCCUAUCCCUCUAGUCUUGGAUAAGGCAUCAGGAGAAAUGGUUGAGGCGCCGUUCCCGCAUGUCAAUGAUCGAGAGACAUGGUUGAAGAACUUUAAAGAAAUGAGGGCAAAGAUGGCAAUUGUUUGCCAUAAAACCUUGUUCAAUAUACUUUGCCCGCUCGCUGCCGUAGUUCUUCUCGGCUGUCUAAUUUGGAAGGUAGCUAGGUAG